ACGGCCCGCCCACCUGUACACGGAUGAGUGACGUAACAAGUUGCAGAGGGCGGAGGACGCAAGCAGAUGAUUCUCACAGAUGCCGACCGAUUUUCACCAACUAGCUUCACAUAACGUGUCGAGAAGCCAGAAAUCAUGAAUUCUAUUAAAAGGAGUGAGAGCGACUGGCAAGGACUGGUCAGCGAGUUCCUGGUGUGCAAGCGUAAGCUGGAGAGUAAGAAGGAGGCUCUCCUCAUUCUGUCUAAGGAGCUGGACACCUGCCAACAAGAGAGGGAUCAGUACAGACUCAUGGCCAAUCAGCUGCGAGAACGCCACCAGGGACUCAAGAAGAAGUACAGAGAGCUCAUCGAUGGAGAUCCCUCUUUACCGCCUGAGAAACGCAAUCAGGUGAACCUGGCCCAGCUGCUGAGAGACUCUCGGGAGCGAGGGAGGAAGCUGACAGAGGAGGUGAAGGAGUUGACACAGAGAUUGACCGAGGCGCAGGGGGAUAACAAGCUCCUCAGAAUGACCAUCACCAGGCAGAGGCUAGGCGACGAGGAGGUGGGGGCGCGACACUUCCCCGCCCACGAGAGAGAGGACUUGGUUGGCCAGCUGGAGGAGGCGGGGCUACAGAUGGAGCAGCUGCAGAGCUCCGUCAAGGCCAUGUGUGACGAGCUGCAGGACGUCAAGGCGGAGCGCGCCGCGUUCAGGGAGAAGGCGGAGCGACUCAACCUGGAGCUCAACCACGUGCUGGGCGGUCGGGACGGCCGCAUCAUCGACGUGGACGCCCUCUGCAUGGAGAACAGAUAUUUGCACGAGAGGUUCAACCAAGUCCAGGAAGAAGUCAACCUGCUCAAGUCUAAUAUCAUGAAGUACAAGACGGCGUUGGAGAGACGAAGGAACUCUAAAGUGAGUGGAAAGUCUAGCAGCAGUGCCCUUACAGGAGUCCUAUCUGCCAAACAAGUGCAGGAGCUGUUGGUGGAGGAGCGGGGCUGCAGUCUCCCGGCCACGCCUCAGUCCAUCUGUGACCUCAAGUCCCUGGCCACGGCCCUGCUGGAGACCAUCCACGAGAAGAACUUGGUGAUCCAGCACCAGCGCCACACCAACAGGAUUCUGGGAAACCGAGUUGCAGAGCUGGAACGGAAGUUGAAGACUUUGGAGGUGUCUGGUUUAUGGAGUCUGCCAGGCUUGACGUACCGCGUGUCAUUGGGAAUAGGGAGAGGGCGUGAUGUCAUUACGCUGAGUGAGCAUGUGGAGCUCCUAACCCCGGCCCCCCCGCCGGGCCCCCCCCGGCCCCCCGCUCAGCCGCCAGCGCCGAUACACAGAGUCCAAUCAGAGGACAGAGCCACGGGAUGCUCGGGAGGGUCGCCGUGGGAACGGGAUGUAGCCGGCGGUGACAUCGGAGCAGAUGGUGCUGGCAGUGAGGGCGCACCUGUCCCACCUGACGCCCCGGAGUCCAGCCGAGGGGCGGAGUCCAGCCGAGGGGCGGAGUCCAGCCGAGGGGCGGAGUCCAGCCGUGCCUGUGUGAUUGACCGGAGGGGGGUUGAGACUUCGUUGCUCACGGAGAAGCAGGUAGCUGCAGAGCUUGCACAGGGGCGGAGUCCUGUAGAGGAGGAGGGGCAUGAGGUGGAAGGAGUCAUUGAUGAAGAUCUGGGUUCAACAGUGGAGGAGGGGGAGGAGGCGGCCCUCGCUCUGGAUGAUCAUCUUGAGGCUACCUCAGUCAGCCUCUGGCUCACACUGGAACCAGGGGAGCCCUCCCCAGACACAGCCCUCACACUGGAACCAGCAGAGCCCUCCUCAGACACAGCCCUCACACUGGAACCAGGGGAGCCCUCCCCAGACACAGCCCUCACACUGGAACCAGGGGAGCCCUCCCCAGACACAGCCCUCACACUGGAACCAGGGGAGCCCUCCCCAGACACAGCCCUCACACUGGAACCAGGGGAGCCCUCCCCAGACACAGCCCUCACACUGGAACCAGCAGAGCCCUCCUCAGACACAGCCCUCACACUGGAACCAGCAGAGCCCUUCUCAGACACAGCCCUGACACUGGAACCAGUAGAGCCCUCCUCAGACACAACCCUCACACUGGAACCAGCAGACACAGCACUGGAUCCAGCAGAGCCCUCCCCAGACAUAGCCAUUCUGUCCUGUCAUUCCCAGGAGGAAGAGUCAGAUGUCAUCCCUGCAGCAGAGGCCUCCGCCUCCAUAAUCAAGCUUGCAGAUGUGAACAGCACAGCGGGGUGGGACCUUUAUUGUCACUCGGGACAAAGUUUCCAUAGCGACAGUAUGGCGUAGUCGGUAACCCCAAGAGCUGGAUAGGAGAGAGGCACUUGCUGACCGAUGGUUGCACUGGUGUUAUCUAGAAACAUUCUGACAAUACAUCCAUAGACUACUUCAGAACUCCUGGCAAUUCUCUUCCAGGCGUAAAGAUGCCUUUUCAGAGUACUGUUCAUUUGCCUGUAAGUUUAAUUAACCAUUAGGCACCAGACAUAAUUAUAUGAUCACUCUGUUGACCUUGUUGUGUAUGUGUGCAUUCUAACAGUCAGUAAUGGACCAAAUUCUUUGGAAUGGAAAGUAGAUAUUACCUUGUGACUGCAUGUGCCUUAUACACAGAAAUAAACACCCUGAUGUGAUUCUAAAUGAU